AUGACGACGUCCCUGACCUCCAAGAUCGUGCAAGGCACAGUCAUCACCACCCUGACGUCCAUUGGCGGAUUUUUCGUCUGGACCAAGCACUGUGAAGCCACACCACUGGACCCCAGCACCGAGCCGCUUUACAAGUCUCCAUUUUACUAUAAGUACAACCCUUACAACAACUUUACGAACGCAGAUGUUAUCACUCGGCGCAUCCCAUUACACCAGCUUCGACCUGAUCUGCUGGAGGAUGCCCAGAAUGGCGGCAGCAGGCUCGUAGAGCAAUUUUGUGGCGCCAUUUGGAGCGGAUUUAACUACACUCCUCAACGCCUGAUCCACAGCCGCAACAAGCCCGCAUCCUCACUCCCACCGCCGCCUCCAGUAUCAGACUCGUCUCCCAUCCUCAACGAAGUCGCCGCCACCACUAAAUCCACCUGGUCCAGCCUCACAUCCUUCUUCUCGUCUUCACCUUCCGCCGCCAAGCCCAAGGACUCCUCUUCCACCACCACUCCCUCAACACCUCCCGAAGAUCUCUGGGCCCCCACAGCCCUCUCCAUCUCCACCUAUCCCGCCGGCACCGUAAUCACUAACCACUUCCUCGUCCUCGCCCGCACGCCCACCAGCAUCCUGAUCCGCUGCGGCGACAGCCCCCUCACCUCCCCCUACGAGCCGCGCGACUCCGACGGCCUCUUCGAGAUCAGCGCCACCACCAAUUUCGAAAAGGGCUACGCAGAAUUCCAGCUCAAAUCCGUUUUCUUCAACGGCACGGAAGCGAACAAGGGUGCCACCAGCGGGUUAGGACCUACGAUGUGGUGGCUGCAUCAGCAGUAUGCGAAGAUGUGGAUGGAGAGCGCGGUGGGGAAGUGUCGGUUGAAGAAGUUCCGCAGCGUAGAUGCGCAGAAGAAGAUGUGGGAGGAGGAGAAGAAGUUGGAGCGGAAAUCAAAGGAGGCGUGA